AUGGCUGACAGUGUCGUUUCAUUACUCCUAGAGACUCUUAACCAGCUGCUAGACCAAGAUUCUGAUCUGCUUUACGAAGUUGGGGAUGCGAUUAGAUCGUUUCAUGCUGAGCUCAAGUCGGCAAGUGGCUUUAUUCGGAACUCUGAGGGCCAAGGGAAUGCCGAAGCCGUCAAAGCGUUGGCGAAGAAAAUCAGCGGGGUUGCUUACAAGGCUGAGGAUGUUAUCGACACGUUGGCUGUCAAUGUCGCAAAGCAAAGGACCAGAGGCGGGUUUGGGAAGUUUAUUCAUGUGUUUGGCCACCGAAACAUGCUUCAAGAUGCUGCGAAAAGGAUCAACAACUUCACGAGGCAGGUCAAAGAAAUUUAUGGUGAGAGGGUCUCAGAGGGCAACCAAAUCGGCGAUGCUAGCAGCGAUUCAUUUUUAGCCGGUGAAAGGAGCACAAAAAAGGCAGUUUAUCGGCCAAUCUUUCCCAAGAUGGUUCAGACUCUGCUAGACGAGCUGGUGAAGGGAGGCCGGCAGCGUGAAUUUAUUUCAAUAAUCGGCGAGGCUGGCGUCGGAAAGACUGCUCUUGUCAGAGAAAUCUACUCUGAUGUUUCUGUUCAGGGCCAAUUCAAAUACCGUGCAUGGCUUCACGCAUCUCGGCACUGCAAAGCUAGGGAAUUGUUGCAAGAAAUUUUAGAGCAUUUUCGGCCGACGUCUACCGGAGAAAGGCAAGGCAUGACAGAGGAACAGCUGCAAAAGAAGCUGUCGGAGUGCUUGGAAAAAAACCAAUAUCUAAUAGUCGUGGACGACCUGCGGAAAAUAGAAAGGUGGGACAUGGUAGAGCAAGCCUUUCCGGAUGAUUCGAAUGGAAGUAGAAUCUUGCUCACUUGUCGCCCUGAGUAUAGGGAUUCAAAUGGAAGUCCAACCAUCUCCCAUUUUCUUAGUCCGCUCGAUGAUGCAGGGAGUUGGGACUUCCUCCUUUACGGUCUCUUCCCUUCAGGAAUCUGUGCUCCAAAGUUGGAAGCCCCCGGAAAACAGAUGGCAGAAAAAUGUAAGGGGUCACCACUCUCCCUUUCAUUUUUAGGUCGUUUGUUAGCAAUGCAGCUGCAACAUGUUGAAGCAUGGUACAAAUUAGCAAAUUAUUUGAACACAUCCUGUAUUCAGGGUAGCCUGCACAGCAUAGACCUGCUUCUAAGCUUUGUCCAUGAAAAUUUACCCAAUCACUUGAUCCUUUGCUUUCUCUAUUUUGGUAUGUUCCCAGAAGGGGCUGAAAUCCCAGUAAAGCAAUUGAUCCAAUUUUGGAUAGCCGAAGGAUUUAUUCGGAAAAAGGGCAGUAAAAAGGAGGAGGAUGUUGGGGAACAAUACUUAGAUGAGCUCAUCAGUCUAAACUUGAUUAUCCCUAUUUCAAGGCGGACAGAUGGUGGAGUGAAGACAUGCAGCAUCCAUGAUCUUUUCCGGAAGUUUUGCAUUUUCAAGGGUAGAGAAAUGAAUUAUCUUGAAGCACCUGAGAGUUUGACUGAUGCCCAUGAAAAUACAAGAAGGCUAUCCAUUCAAGUUUCUUCUCUGAAGGGUAUUCUCUCAAAACUCCGCCACCGUUCAGGAGUCCGUUCUUUCCAUUUUUCUGUCCAAGGUGCCCGAAUUGUGCUUCCCAUUUUCGGGUGGAAUGCACUUUACAAAGGUUUCAAAUUGCUGAGGGUGCUGAACCUGGGGACGGUGGAUGUCUUCGGAGUUCCCAAGGAGGUUGGAAGGCUGAUUCAUUUGAGGUACUUGAGAAUAAGAGCUCCGGGCGUCAGACAUGUUCCUUCCACCAUAUGCAAUCUUCUUAAUCUGCAGACAUUUGAUAUGAGAGAGUCUAGCUUGAGCUACUUGCCGGAUGGGAUUUGGAAGCUCCAGCAACUGCGGCAUCUAUACUUGUUUCUGCUGAGUAGUUUACCUGAUCAUCGGGGAGCUGAUGAGAAGUCUUUUGUCAACCUCCAAACCCUCUUUUGCAUACGUCCCCAUAAAGGCAUGAAGCGCCUCAUGGUGAAGUCCAAGUUCCCUAAUGUUAGGAAACUAAAAAUAGCUAGCCAGAAGAAGGAGGAAACGACUGAAUUCCUUGAAAGCCUCGACCAUCUGUACCACCUACAAUCACUCAAAAUUGUUUCAGCUUCCAAACUUCCAGACCCAGAUGCAUUCCCAUUGAAACUCACCAAGUUAACUUUUCAGGGCGCCUCUCUCGAGGAAAGUUGCAUGAAAACACUGGAAAAGUUGCCAAAUCUUCGUGUGCUCAAACUAUUGCAAGAUUCUGUUAGUGUAGAGAAGAUUGAUAUCAGUGCAGGCGGAUUUCCUCAACUUUUAGUCCUCAAAAUGGUGGAACUGAAAAUAACUGAAUGGGUACUAGGGAUAAAUGCAAUGGGAAAUCUUGGACAUCUAGUCAUCAAUAAAUGUGAUCAGUUGAAGACGAUGCCAAGUAGCCUUUUGAGCUUGGCUACCCUGCAAGUGCUGGAGGUUAUUUUGCCUUCUGCAGAUCUGAGAGAGAGCCUUCAACAGUUUGAGAAUAAGGAUGGGCUGCAGAUGAGGAUAACUCCUCAGGCCAUGUUCUGA